AUGUCGUUAUCGACCACCCCGGAAACCCUCAAACCCCUCUUGCUUCGCACAGAAUCCGAGCAGUUGCUUUCCGAAUACAACAUAGCAAAGUCUAUACGGAUGAAGGACAUAAGGAACAAGCUCAAGUCCCUCCGUAGCUCGGAUCCUGGGUUUUGGAGCACUGCGGCCAAGCUCGCGGGCUGCAAGAUCAAGACUCUCGAAGCGGAGACCAAGUACUUGGAGGUACGACAAUUGCACGAUCCAGAUGAUGAUCCGGACGAGUACGACCUGAUACGAUGGGCCGAUAGCAUGAAGUGGAAGGUGAAGGCGGCUAUGCUUGAGAAGCAGCUAUACACAACAAUAGCCGACAGGCCCGCACGAGUGGGCGUCGUUUCGAUAUCUUUUGCCUGCUUGUUGAGGACCUACCAGGGCACUGCGGGAAUGGGGCGGCCGAGCCGAGCAGAACAUGUCAAGUUCAGACAGUCCCUCCUCACAGCAUACGAUGCCGGCAUGUACAGGGUCGUGCAAAGUGGAAACCAUCGCCACCUCGACCUCAUCUUCGAUCCCGCCACCGGCACCCAUCGAGAUGCUAGCUCCAUGGUUGCGGCACACAUUUUCCCAUAUAAACUAGGCAGUGACACCAUGUACGCGCUGUUUCCCUGGUUGUGGCCCUCUGACGCCGAAGUAGAUCUCUUCUCGCCCUACAACGGCCUUCUCCUCCCAUAUGCCGUCGCCCGUGCCCUCGACCACGGGGCCCUAGCAAUUGUCCCCAACCUCGACGAUAAAGCGCUUGAGAGCACCCAGGUGUUGGCGGAAUGGGAACUUGAAAAUCAUCACCCCAAAGAAUACAAGUGGAUGGUCAUCGACGAAAAGGCCAAAUAUCUUCUGGAUGCGCUCUUCAUGGGGCCCGGGUCCCAGCCUGACGAUCCACGGACAUGGAUGACAGUUCGAGAACUGGGCGGGAAGCCAUUGCACUUCCGGCCGGGUGCUAACGGCCACCGCCCAAGGACGCGGUUGCUCGACAUGAUCGAAGCCCAGGAAAAGGCUGAGAUUGCUCUGCUGGCGGUUACUAGAGCGUUUGAUAUCCGGAAGACAAGAUUGGAAGAACAAGCCGCGAAAAAGUUGGGAGAUGAAGAAGAUGAGUUCGAUGAUAAUGGUUAUCGUUUGCCCUACUGGGAGUUAAGUAAGGAAGAGGCGGAGAAGGUAGCGGAGGGAGAAGAUGAAGUACAUGAUGAUGAUGAUGAUGAUGACGAGGAGGAGGAAGAGUGGAGCGAUGAUAAUAACAGUUAUGGGGAUAGUGACUGGGACUUCUGUGCGGAGCACGUUUGA